UUCGUGGAAUAUAAGAACCCCAUUAACCUGGAGAUGGAGCUAUUCACACAAACACAGAUGGUGAGGCAAUGGAAGGAGGCAUUCACCAUCGAAGGAGGCAGUACUAGCGCUGGUGGUCUAGGCAAGGUUUGUCUAGUCUUGUGGUUAGCUUUGGUAACCCUUUCUCUGCUAUCAGCCAUAAUAUUUUCUUGCGCAGAAGGUGUAUCUAAUAAAGAUGAUGAUAAGUCUCCGGAAGUUGAUGCAACCCUUUAUGGCGGUGGAUGUGCUGCUGGCUGCGGUGCUGCUUGUGGUGGAUAAACUUUGCCUAAUCAUACUCAAAGAAACUAUUCAAUCUUUGAGAGGCAUGGUUUUGAUGCUUGAUGGCAAUUUUAAGAUGUGAUAGAUAGAUUGACCUUUUGUAGCAUGAAACACGUUGUACCCAUUAAUAUCCUUUUCUUGUCCUAACUAUAUAAAUCUCACAUUCUCACUUGAGCAUGCAACAAA